ACCUUUGUGUGUCGCGCCUCGGAAUGCGGAGGUGCGUUUGUUUUGAUCCGGACGGAGAAUCGGUUUGACAGAAGGCUGAGGUUCGCGGCCAUGGCAGUGAGCGCCGUCCACCUGGAGUCGGACGCCUUCCUGGUGUGCAUGAACCACGCGCUGAGCACGGAGAAGGAGGAGGUGAUGGGGCUGUGCAUCGGGGAGGUGGAGGUCUCGCGCAUCGUCCACAUCCACUCCGUCAUCAUCCUCCGCCGCUCGGACAAGAGGAAGGACCGGGUGGAGAUCUCCCCGGAGCAGCUGUCCGCGGCCUCCACGGAGGCGGAGCGGCUGGCGGACACCACCGGCCGCCCGAUGCGCGUGGUGGGCUGGUACCACUCCCACCCGCACAUCACCGUGUGGCCGUCGCACGUCGACGUGCGCACGCAGGCCAUGUACCAGAUGCUGGACCAGUGCUUCGUGGGCCUCAUCUUCUCCUGCUUCAUCGAGGACAAGAACACGAAGACGGGCCGCGUGCUGUACACCUGCUUCCAGUCCGUGCAGGCGCAGAAGGGCUCCGAGUACGAGCGCGUGGAGAUCCCGGUCCACGUCGUCCCCCGCGACGCCAUCGGCAAGGUGUGCCUGGAGUCCGCCGUGGAGCUGCCGCGGAUCCUGUGCCAGGAGGAGCAGGACACCUACCGCAAGAUCCACAGCCUGGCGCACCUGGACCCGGUCACCAAGAUCCACAACGGCUCGGUCUUCACCAAGAACCUGUGCAGCCAGAUGUCGGCGGUGAGCGGCCCGCUGCUGCAGUGGCUGGAGGACCGGCUGGAGCAGAACCGGCAGAGCAUCGUGGACCUGCAGCGGGAGAAGGAGAGGCUGGAGCGGGAGCUGGCCGCUCUGUGAGUCCGCUGCAGGGCUCCUCUGGAGGACCGGCCGGGGGAGGACCAGCAGGACCAGCGGGACGUCGUGGACCUGUAGCUGGACCACAUUCUGCCUCUGCCUUCUGUUGAUCUCUUUGUACAAACUGAAUGUGAACUGUGAAAUCCAGAGCUGGAAAUCCAGAUUAAAACCUUGAUUCACUGAAUGGAGUUCACUUUUUUCCAGAUCUCGUUUAAAGACCUUCAGGACCAGCCUGACUUUCACACUCUUCUCCUCAAAGUGCAUUUCCACUCUGAGAAAAUUCACAAUCUGGCCUUAAUCUUCAAACGGGAGUUAUUUUGGUGAUGAUUAGAGGGUAAUUUACACGUGUUUCACUGCUCUCAACUUUAAGACAGAGGGAAUGAUUUCAAAUGAACUGUACAGUUUGUGCUGUUGUCACAGUGAUUCUGACUCCUCUGAGUCUGUGAAGCUUUCAGGCCUCAGAUCAUAACAGAUGUGCUGGAGGUGGAUUUCCUCAUGUUUAAUCAGCUCAGCAGCCCUCAAGAACUAAUGUUUUGUUUUAUGGACUGAGCUGAGGUGGAAUAAUCUGAUUUAAACAGAAAUACAAACAUGUUUAGAGCUGAAUGUAAAAUAAAUGUGAAUAAAACACUUUCAGUUGAAAAUACAGCAGAGCUCAACUUCAAACAUAACGUGUUGGACUCUUCUAAAUGAAGUAGAUUUGUGUCCGCAUAGCUGAACAAAAAGAUGAGUAUAACCAUUGCUCUGUUUUAUUGCAGGAUAUUUUUGGAUUAGAUGAGAAACCUUGAUGAGUCCCACAAGUGAGAAUUUGCAGUUUUCAGAGGAAAGACAGAGACAGAGCUGUUCUGACUUCAGGGAGGCCUGAUGAGCCACCCUGGUGGUGGUUGGGAGUAAAGUUACUGUAAGUAUUUUUGACCUCCUGAGGCUGGAGAUGAAGACUUGAUAUCAGAGGUUUGGAUCCCACAGCCGACAGGCCACCACAGUCGGUCCCUGAACAUGACCCUUGACCCCCAUCAGUGAGGACUGCAGGAUGUGGCUGCCUUUUAAUAUUUAUUGAAACUAACUGAACAUUUGCCAAAGUAUGUCACGCUACAUCCUGCAACAUAACACAAUAUUACAGCGGUGCCAGGGGAAGAAAAUGAAAAUGAACACUCCAUUUCAUCAAAGUAGUUGUAUUCCACACACACGCUCAGCGUCUGUUCCUGCUUCUCAUUUUUGCAGGCAUUAAUCGAUUUAAAGUUGAGUUAAAACUCCCUGAAAAACACAGAAAAGAAGAGAUUCAUGGUUUAUAGAUGUAUAUUUAUGAAUGU